CGUCAACCUUGGAAUGUCACUCCUUCUGAGUCAUAAUCUGGUGCUUGCGAUCGCCGACGCCCGCACAGAAUUUACUCGUACAGCGCGACGAUGGGCAUGCGCAUACGUGAAAAUGAACAUAUGUAAAUAAUUUGGUCGAACCUGGUUGAUUUACUAUCCAAGGAGUCUGCACACCACCGAGAUAUUCUGUAGCUUUACUGUCGAAUAUCAUUUUUCCCUCCACGACCAGAGACUCUGAUCCAUAACCACAACAUCAUCGCGAGCGACUCAACAGAACUGGUCGAAAUGGCUCCGAGAAGAAACAAGGAUUCGGAAAAGUCCGAUGGGCACUCGGGUACUGCCAGUAAGCUUACCGUCACAGCUCAGCAGAGUCGAUUCCAUACGGAAAUGGACGAAGACAACACUCUCAAAGAGAUCGUGGUCAAGGAUCUUAGCAUAUCAAUAGGCAACCGGGAGCUGCUUUCGCAUGCCGAUCUCCAGCUCCAGAGGGGGCGGAAAUACAUCCUCCAUGGCCGGAAUGGCAUCGGCAAGUCAACUUUGCUCACGGCGAUUGCCACUGAUCAGAUCCCCAACAUCCCGCGCGGCGUAAAGGUGCUCCUUUUAGGUCAAGUUGAGUCUGAGGCGGAAGGUGACGUUGCUACCAAGCCUUCCGAGCAACCUGAGAGCGUGCUUCAAUAUGUCCUCCGGGCCGAUCGGAAACGGGAGCGUCUUCUUCGAGAGGCCAAUCAGCUAUCCACCGCAUUCGAAGAUAUCGCCAACCCUCUGGCAGCCGUGCAGGUAUAUCGCCGGAUAUCCCACGAGCGGCUCGAAGACAAGGUUGCCGUUGCCAGGCUACUUGCGACGAGGAGAAGCGGCGCUCGUGGCGCCAAGUCGCGUCAGGUACUCAAUCAGCUAGAAGAGGAACUGGCACGGUCUGUAGAGAGACUCUCGGCUGAGGUCGUACCCGAUGAGAUGAGCGAGGAGAGUCGCAAAGGUGCGGAGAUGUUGGCAGAGGUGCAGCUUUCAUUGGAAUUGAUGGAUGCUGCUGGCGCCGAGUCCAAGGCACGAUCUGUGCUGUCCGGUCUAGGCUUUUCCGCCGAGAGUAUUGAACAGCCUCGAGCUAAUCUAUCUGGAGGGUGGAAAACACGCUGCAGUCUUGCCGCAGCCCUCUGUCAAUCGGUAGAUUUACUGCUACUCGACGAACCCACGAACUACCUCGACUUGCCCUCGAUAAUCUGGCUUGAAAACUAUAUCCAAGAAAUCGACGAGACCACAACCGUCAUGGUCGUCACCCACGAUCGAGCCUUUGGAGAUGGCGUCGCCGAGGAACUCCUUGUCUUACGAGAAUCACAGCUCCAACGUUUCCGCGGAAAUCUGUCCCAGUACGAAAUGGAUCGGCUCAAAACUUUCAAAUAUCUCACGCGCAUGAAAGACGCCCAAGAUAAGCAGAAGAAGCAUAUCCAAGCCAGCAUCGACAGCAAUCUGCAAGCGGCGCGCCGAAACGGCGAUGACAAAAAGCUGAAGCAAGCCGCAUCGCGGAAGAAGAAGCUCGAUGAACGGAUGGGAAUGGAAGUCUCGGCGAAAGGCACCCGGUUCAAGCUGAACCGGGAUCUGGCCGGGUAUCAUUUGACGAAUCGUGCCGAAAUCGAGCCGCCGUCAUUUGACCCACCUGUAGUCAUCACGAUCCCAACAGAGCCCCCAGAUCUUCGCUUCCCAGGGAGUCUGGUGUCUCUCGAAAAGGUCAAUUUCUCCUACACGGUCGGCAAGAAACGCAUUCCUAUCUUGAAGGACAUCGACUUGACUAUUCAUCCGGGUGAUCGUAUCGGCCUGUGUGGACUCAACGGUUCCGGGAAGUCCACACUCGUCUCGCUUAUCAUGGCGGCAAACGCCGCUGCGACACCGUCUUCCGGGACGAUCACCCGCCACACGCGCGCUCGCUUCGGCCUCUACUCACAGCAGUCCGUCGAGGAGCUCCAUACGCUGGCCGUCGCGGGACCACAACUCACCGCUCUCAGUCAUCUCAUGUCGAUCCUCGGCCCCUCCGCCGACGUCGAAAAGGAGGCCCGCAGCCUGCUCUCCGGCGUCGGGCUCGCGGGUCGGGUUGCUUCGGACGUACCCCUGGGCCUGCUGUCCGGCGGUCAAAAGGUCCGACUGGCACUCGCCAAAUUGUUCUGUCCGACUCCGCCGCAUCUCCUCGUCCUGGACGAGGUCACUACGCACCUCGACACGGACACCAUCCAGGCGCUGGUGACGGCGCUGAGGAGAUAUCAGGGUGCGAUCCUGCUUGUCACGCACGACCGGUUUUUCAUGAGGUGUCUGAUCGAGGGCGAAUCGAUGAAGGCGUUGGCGGCGAGGAAUCGUCCGAUGACGGAGGAUGGCGAGGACGACGAGAGUGACGAGGGAAGCGAUGAUGGAGAUUCGAGCGACGGCGAUGAUGGAACGACGUCUCGUCGUACAAGGGUCAUUUAUCGGCUUUCCAAAGGGAAGCUGAUCAAAUUGGAUCGUGGCAUGGAGCAAUACGAGGAGAUUGCCGCCAGGUCGGCGUCGAAGUUGGGCAAGGCAUGAUCACUGGCAUCAAAUCAUUCGAUAUUCCUGCAUGGCUUCGGUAUGACAUCGCGCCAGAGGUGCCAUAUCUGAAUCGUGUCUAGUGACAUCGAGGCAAAGUAUGGUAUAACUUUCUUCUUCGAAAUAGUACCCCAUCCCGACUCGGGCUUGAUCGAAGUACUCUUCUAGCAUACUAUCUCUACCAGGGCGCUGCAACAUUGGGUGAGUCCCGGGCCAAGUUCCAGACGCCUUGCGCAUUCACGACGUUCACCGCGACCUUGCGAGCGCGUCCCUCCCAGCGGAACCUGAUGAUGCCCUGGUGAACAGCACGAGUGGUGGGUGC